AUGGAGUCGCCGAGCUUGUCGCCUCGUUGGCGCGUCGUCAAUCGCGCUGAGUCCCUCGUAUCGUCCCUUCGCCGUGUCGCGUCGAAUCUAACGUUCAGCUGGGUGAAUCCCCUCGUCGCUCUUGGCGCUCGACGCCAGUUGUCGCCCGGAGAUUUGCUGCCUCUGCCUGCUGACGUGGAGCCGCGUGUGUGCGGGCUGCUCCUUUGGACGAAAUGGGAGGAGGAACGAGCAGCAGGCGACGCAGUGCGCGCAUCACGCGGAGACGGUCAGACGAGUGACGUGCGGAGAGAACCGUCUCAGUCGGACGGAGAUUCCCUAAUAGACGGGCCGUCGUCGCGUGAACGGCGCAGGCGCAGCGCGCAGCGAGGCGCGCCGUCGUUGCUGCGAUGCCUGGUGGCCAUAUUCGGCGCGGAGUACCUCUUGAUCGGCGGCAUCAAGCUGGUGAACGAUGCGCUGGCCUUCGCGGGGCCACUGCUGCUGCACCAACUCGUGUCCGUGCUUGACGGCCCUCCUACCCUCACCCUGCAUCACGAAUCCCAGUCCUCCUCGACGCACGGUACUCACAUAUCCUCCUUCACAUCUUCACAUCUUCAACUCGCAUCCUCCUUCACAUUCUCCCCUUUCCCCACCCCCUUUGAUCGCCUCUCGCUUGUUUCCCGUCGCCUCCCCGUUGACCCACUCAUCGUCUGCAUCAAAGCCGGCCGUCCCAUGCAUGAAAGUCACAGAGCACAGGUGUCUGCCCCCACCAGCCGCCCGCACAGUGCACUGCCUCCUGCCCCCUCUUCCCUCCAUGUGCCUGCCCACUCUCCGUGCUGUCAGGGCCUGCCGCGCCCUCCACGCCGUGGUGGUACGGCCUUGCAUGUGCGCUCGCCAUCGGUGCCACCUCCGCGCUCAGGUGUGCCCACUCUCCCUCCUCCCACUGCUUCAGCGGCCUUCCUAGGCGCGCACUACUCGUACCGCCUGGCGCGCAUGGGCCUCAAGCUGCGCGCCGCCAUCGCCACCUGCGUCUUCGCCAAGGUGCUGGCAGUGAGCGCAGCGCAGAGGGGGUCGUUUGAGGGUGGCGAGGUGCAGACGCUCAUGAGUGUGGACGCGGACAGGCUUGUCAACCUCGUCAUGUCGCUGCACGACCUCUGGGGUCUGCCCCUGCAGAUCCUAGUGGCGCUGCUGCUGCUCUACUGGCAGGUGAGCUACGCGUUUCUGGCCGGGCUGGCUGUCGUGCUGCUCCUCAUCCCAGUGAACCGAUGGCUGGCGGGGCGGAUAGGAGAGGCGAGCAAGCAGAUGAUGGCCAGCAAGGACGCCAGGGUGCAGGCGAUGCAGGAGCUAUUGGACCACGUGGCAGCAGUGCGUGCCAUGGCCAUGGAGGGCGCAUUGCUCCACCACAUCAACGCCGCCCGCCACCUCGAGCUCUCCGCCCUCGCAGUGCGCAAGUACCUGGACGCGUGGUGUGUGUACUUCUGGGCGUGCACGCCUGUGCUCUUCUCCCUCGCCACCUUCUCCUCGCUGCUCCUCCUCGGUCGUUCGCUCAACGCCCCCGUGGUGUUCACGAGUCUGGCGCUCUUCAACGUGCUGCUGGGGCCGCUCAACUCCUUCCCCUGGGUCAUCAACGGCAUCGUCGAGGCGCUCAUCUCUGUGAGGCGCCUGGAGGCGUUUCUCUGCAUCCCCACUCCACCCACUGCUGCCACCCUCGCCUCUGCCUUCACCACCCCCCCCGCCGCCUCAUCCCCUCCCACUGCUCCUCUUCCUACCACUCCACCUGCUGCCAACAGCAGCACCACCGGGUAUCACAACAGCACUCUGCUGCGCUCGCUCUUCCCCUUUCUCCUCCGCCUCCCCUCGUCGCCCCUGCCCGGCCACGCGCUCCCUGCACCCUCGCCUCUCGCAGCCCCCCUGCUGCGCCCCUCCCCUGCCCUGGUGAAUCAAGACGGAGCCUCACAGGCGUCUGAAAGUGAGGCCGAUGGUGGCACAGGUGGUGCUGCAGGGGAUGCAGUAGGGGUUGCUGCAGAGGGGGCCACUGCCACGAGCAGCAGUCAGGACUGUGCACUCCGCCUGGCUGCCACAGAUACCACCUGUGCAGCCAGUCCGUCCCCGCCACUAGCAGUGCACAUGAGGGUAGUGGAAGCAGGUACACCAGUGGUGGCAGCAGAGGGGGGAGCGGUGGGGGGGGCAGUGGGGAGAGCAGUGGAGGCAGCGGCAUUUCGCUGCACAGCAUAUGCCUGGGCGUGCCAGAGGGGGCUGUGGUGGCCAUCGUGGGCAAGGUGA